AUGGCUGAAAUGUCGAAGAUCGGAGAGAUCGAACUUUUAAAGCCCUUGGCAGUUGGGACAAUGGCCUGGGGACGCACGUGGUUGGAUGAGAAGUUAAACCGAGGCAACUUAUCCGAUGAGACUUGUGCUGCCAUCUACAAGGAGCUCACAGAGGUGCACCAAAUUCAGCUUUUCGACACCGCGGAGGGCUACGGAGGUGGCACCAGCGAAGAACGCCUGCGGGAUGUGGCGAAGGUGGCGAAUGCGCCAGGAGAUGAAAAGAGGAACUACCCAGUGGUCUUUGCUAGCAAGUUCCUUCCCACCAUCGCCCGGUGGUCUCGCAGCAGCUUUCACAAUGCCCUGCGAAGGUCCUGUGAACGUCUGGGUUCCACGUGUGACAUCUACUUCCUUCAUACACCGAUCCAUCCUCUACCACUGGAAUUUUGGAUCAGUUGUGCUUGUGAAGCUGCCAAAGCAGGUCUGAUCAAGGAGAUCGGCAUCUCCAACUGCAACGCUUCCCAGGUGCGUCGCGCCCAAGCUGAGGCCCUGAAGCAUGGCAGGCGGAUUGCGGCGAAUCAGGUGAUGUUCAACUUGCUCUGCUUCAACAGUCCGGAGCUUCAGGAGAUGUGGAAGACGUGUCAAGAACUGGAUGUGAAGAUCGUGGCCUUCGGGACAGUGGGGCAGGGGAUGUUGACUGAUAACUUGACGAAUGAGAAGUUUGCGAAGAUCAGAUUAGCCAAGAUGACAGGUUUGAAGAUGGAUGAGCUCAGAGAUCUUCGAGGAAGCAUCCAGCAGUUGGCUGAGAAGUAUGGUAAAUCCAUGGCGCAGAUCUGUGUGAACUGGGCCAUCUGCCACAAUGCCAUUCCCUUGGUGGGAAUCAGAAGCUUGGACCAAGCUCGUGAUGCGGUGGGAGCUCUGGGCUGGAAGUUGGAGCAGGAGGAUUUGGAAGAACUGGACCGGCACGCGCUGCGGCGCGGUACCCUAUCCAAGCCUCGAUGGAAGCGAGUGUUGUUAUCAGCUGAAUCAUUGCAUCGACUGGUGCAAGUCGAAGUGGCGCAGUUUCUGCUCAUUUUGGACCGGGCUGCGACCGCAACGGCUCUGAUGAAACUCUGGACGCCCAAGGGCUUGAAGAGUCAGCGGCAGGAGGCGCUGAGUUUCAUUAUGGUCUCCUUGGCACGUUGUGAGGGAGCGGAGAAACUCAUGGAAGCUCUGCCGCUGAGCGCCUUGCAAUGUGUCAAGGAGCCGCUCUGCAAGGCCGUUGCGGAGCUGUCCAAGAAGGGAGCCUCGCAGGCUUUCGGCUUGUUGGCUGCUGCUCUGAAAUUGAUGACGCAAGGGAAGGAGAAGGGCGACAAGGGCAAGGCGCAGGAAACACUGGUCGACGUGGCAAGGUCAGUGGUGUUCCCCCUCUGUUUGGCGUUGGCGAAGCGUUGUGAAGCAGAGGUUGCUUGGGAUGCGACUUUGGUGGACUUGGCUUGCGACAGCUGUUGGGUCGUUAGUCGUCUGGCCGCAGCACAUUCUGAGCUUUUGGAAGAAGCGACCAACAGCCUUUUCAGGUUCACUGUGUCGCUCCGGGGCCUUGUGAAGAUCAGCGAGGAUCAAAGCAAGAUGGCGAAGGUGGUAGCGGCUGCAUCCACUGCCCUGGCAGAGGUUCCAACAGAUGUGAACACGUUGAUGGUCUCGAUGCUGAAGUGUGAUGUCAUGCAGGGGAAACGCUUGAAGGAACCUCAAGGAGUGGCGGCAGCGCAACUGAUUUCCGAACAGGUUCUCAGUCUGCCCUCCUUGCCCGGACGGAGCAAGCUGCUGAUGGCCUUGGCGACUGCUGCCAAAGAGGUCGACCUUCUUAGAUUCUUGGUUCAAGCCGCCUGUGCGGCGGCACGGUCCCGGGACGGGGGCACCAGCCAAGUGGAGCCCACCAUGGAGUGGUCCAGAGAUUUGAGCGAUUUUUUGUGCUCGCCCAGGGAGCCUUCGGAGGCUUCGAACGUCCGGCUGACCUUGAGACAAGACCAAGGUGUCUGCAUCAAGAGUGGCAGGAGCUGCUUAGACUUGGGCCGAGUCACUUUGACGGCCACGGCCUCCCUUGUGGAGAAGUUACCUAAGGUGCCCACACUGAAAACCCCGUCCCUUCCGAAUUUCAAACAGAGCUAUAUCUAUAGAUGUUAUGAGAAAACUUUGCGAUCGGACGAGAUGGAGAAACCAUGCAAUGACAUGGACGAGGAGACUGACCUUUCGGACAUCCGAGUGCAAACGACACCGCGAGAGCUGUCCUUGUCCAUUGCGGCGUCACCAUCAUUAUUUCCAGUGGUGGAAGCUUGGCUCUCGGUGGCCAUGCGAUCUAUGGCAGGGCUGGCGGGGCUCACUGGGGUUCCAUUGCUUCAAGCCUUGGGGGCCACGGCGAAAGCGGGAGAUCUGCCAUUGCCGCUGGGCUUCCCCUUGAAGCUGGGUGGAGUUGGUUCUAUCGAUGCGUUCAUUCAGGAGAGCGAGAAAUCCUUAGCAACUCAUGUGGGCCUUUUCUCUUUGACUUCAGCAGUGAUGUUCAUCGGCUCAAUCAAGGGCUUGAACAAACACUCUACCGCCAGAGAAGGAAACUACAUGGGUAUGGUGGCCACUGCUCUCGGCAUCCUAUCAGUGUUGAUGUCUCCGGGCUUCCACUCGGCGCACCUCCGCUUCUUCGCUACCUUCUUGGCAGCUGCGGGUGUGGGUUACAGUGUGGCCACCAAUGUGAAGAUGGAGGAUAUGCCGCAAUUGGUUGCGGGUUUCCAUUCCUUUGUGGGCUUAGCUGCGGUUUUUGCGGGCUUUGCCAGUUACUUCAAUCCCCUCAGCGGAUAUACUGUGAUGAAGGCACUCGAGACUUCGAUUGGUAUUGCCAUCGGAUCCUUGACCUUCACCGGAUCGGUGGUGGCGGCUGGGAAACUCCACGAGCUGAUCCCCGGGAAGCCCAUCGUUUUACCGCAGCGCUGGCUGCUGAAUGCUGCAGCCCUGGCGGGAAGUGCCGUGAUGACCGGUUUCUUCCUGAAUCCAGCCACCUUCGCCUCUAGCUACGGGACCGCAUGCCUGUUGGCCAACACGGCACUGUGGGGUUUCCUGGGGGUCAACAUGGUUCUGCCCAUUGGUGGCGCUGAUAUGCCGGUGGUGGUGUCCCUGUUGAACGCCUUCAGCGGGUUGGCCACCAGUGCCGCAGGAUUCAUGUUGUCCAACGAUCUUCUGACCAUCUCAGGUGCAUUGAUCGCUUCCAGUGGUACUUUGCUCAGCGACAUCAUGUGUCGCGGGAUCAACCGCUCCAUGGGCAAUGUCCUCCUUGGUGGUUUCGGCACCGAUGGCAGCAGUGCUGCGGCAGGUCCUGGGGCAAAAGGACGGCAGGACGUGAGCGAAGUCUCUGCCAUGGGCUUUGUGGGGAUGCUCUUUGGGGCUAAAAAGGUGGUCAUUGUGCCAGGUUAUGGCCUUGCGGUGGCGCGUUGCCAGCAGAAGCUGGCGGAGAUCGUGGCCUUGCUGCGGAAACACAACGUCACGGUGCACUUCGCAAUUCACCCCGUGGCCGGGCGCAUGCCGGGGCAUAUGAACGUCUUGUUGGCUGAAGCCGAUGUGCCAUAUGAUAUCGUGAAGGAGAUGGAUGAGAUCAAUGCGGAGCUACCAACUUAUGAUGUGGGCAUCGUGGUGGGAGCCAAUGACAUCGUGAAUCCCGCGACCCAAGAUGACCCCAGUAGUCCCAUCUAUGGGAUGCCAGCCAUUGAGAUUUGGAAAUGCAAGCAGUGUGUCGUGCUGAAGCGCUCCAUGGGAACUGGCUACAGUGGGGUGGAUAAUCCACUCUUCUACUUGAACAAUGUGAAAAUGCUUUUUGGUGAUGCGAAACAGUCCAUGGACAACAUCAGUACGUGCUUGGAGGACAGCCACGACCGUUUCACUUUGUCAGAAGCGGCGGGACGGUCCGGGACGGAGGCCGCGGGACCUGCGGCGGAACCGGAAGUCUUUCCGGAGGCGAUGAAAGUCAUUGGAAUCCUCAGGGAACGUGAAGCAGGUGAGUUGAGGGUAAGCUUCGCACCCUCGACCGUGUUGAAGCUGCGCCGCAUGGGCUUCUCCAUCCUGUUGGAAACCAGUGCCGGUGCCUCUGCGGGAUUUUCCGAUGAGGAUUAUACCAGGCAGGGUGGUGUCCAAGUGGCCGAGUCUUCGGAGGAAGUGUUGAAGCAAGCUGACAUCAUCUUCAAAGUUUCGCAACCACUCUUGGAUGAGGUGCGGAUGCUUCAGGGCACACAGACGUUGGUUGGCUUCUGGAACAUGUACGGCACGGCGGAGUUGUUGGAAGCCCUGGAACAGGUCUCGGCCAAUGUCCUCAACCUAGCCUUGGUGCCACGAGUUUCCCGAGCACAAAAGUUGGAUGCGCUGACUUCGAUGGCCAACAUUGCCGGCUACCGCGCGGUGCUGGACGCCUUCCAACGCUUCCCGCGCUUCUCGCGCGCCGGGUCCACGGCUUUUGGAUCGGUGCCGCCGGCAAAGGUCUUCGUUAUCGGUGCUGGUGUAGCGGGUCUUAGUGCCAUCGCUACGGCGCAUUCCUUGGGCUGCAAGGUGCUGGCCAAUGAUGUCCGCGAUGCCGCACGAGAGCAGGUGGAGAGCAUGGGCGCGCAGUUCAUAGCGGUGGACGCUCAGGGCAUUGCAGGAGAAGGUGCUGGUGGCUAUGCCACAGCCAUGGGGGAUGACUUCACCCGCGCCCAGCUGGCCACCUAUGCCCGCGUGGUGCCUGACAUGGACGUCAUCAUCACCACUGCCAUGAUCCCCAACCGAUCUGCGCCCGAACUCAUCACUGCGGAGAUGGUGGCCUCUAUGAGGAGCGGGUCCGUCAUCGUCGACUUGGCAGCACCCACUGGUGGCAACUGCGUCUACACCGAGCCCAAUCGUGCGGUGCUGUCACCCAACGGUGUGACCAUUGUGGGCGAGACGAAUUAUGCGUCUCAGAUGGCUGCCCAGUCCAGUGAAAUGCUUGGAAGCAACUUCGCAGCGCUGCUGGAGGUCUUGGGCGGAGCCAGUGACUUUGGCGGAGAACGCUGGGAUGAUCCCAUCGUCAAACCUGCCAUGGUGGCCUCCGGUGGCCAGAUCGUUUGGGAUCCCAACCCACCCAGGCCGCCGGGUCCGCCGGCGGACACCAACGGCGUCAGCGGCUUCGGGGGCGCCUCGCCCACCCCGAUGCCGCCACCCGAAGAAACGAAUGCCAUCCUCGCGUGGAUCCAGGAGCACAAAGACGAGUUGGCCCUGGGUGUGGGGGCUGCUGUGGUGCUGGGCUUAGGGAUUGCCGUGGAUAUUCCGGAGGCGGAAGUGACCCAUUUGGGCUACUUCGUUCUGAGUUGCCUCAUAGGAAACUUCACUGUGGCCGGCGUUACUCCAGCCCUGCACACUCCACUGAUCAGCGUCACCAACGCCAUCAGUGGAAUCAUCGUGGUGGGUGGCAUGCUGCAACUCAGUGGACCUGUGCUCUCCGCGCGCGUGGCCUGCGCCUUGGCCGCCGUCUUCCUGUCCAGCGUGAACAUCGUGGGGGGCUUCGCAGUGACUGCCCGGAUGCUGGAGAUGUUUCGGGAAGAUGCGAAGCCCAGAUAG